AUGCAACGUGCUACAAUUUCGGUGUUUUGUAUUGCCUUAGCGGUCGGCUUGACAACUGGAAGCCCUUUGUUUUACGAAAGCGCCAGGGUGUUGAAUAAAGUGGAAUUUUCGGAUAUCGGAGUCGACGGUGAUCGUAUCGAUCCUUUGAUUGAAGAAUCCGAGGAAGAGCAACCCAACAUCACCGUAAGCAGUCAUACGGAUAUUAGUGAAGUUCGGAAAAAUGGUUCAGCAGAAAGUACCGAUACAGGCGAACAGACGGAACCGGUGCUUAAAGUGACGGUUAUUUCAUCCAAUGGUUUGCCGGAUGAGGAAGUUACCGGUUCGCCACACAUUUCCACGACCAAAACGAUAGAGGAAACGUUAACUACUGCCGAAACAACUACAAUUCUAAUCCCUGAGAAAACGACAGAACAAACUACACAAUUAAUGCCAAAGAUGUCUACGAAAGAUAUCCAACGAAAAGAAGAGUCUGCAACUGCGUCUGGUGAAACAUCGAUAACAACAAAUUUGGUUGACAAUGGGGAAACCUCUGAUGUUACAACAAUUUUCCCUACCGAGGAGGACACAAAACUUGAAAAAGAAAUAACAUCAAUCGUUUACAAUGGAAAUGAUGAGACCUCUGAUGUUACUACAAUUUCACCAACGGAGGAUGGCCAAAAUCUACUUGAGAGAGAAACAACAAUAACCAUUUUGCCUACCAGCACACAACAAAAUACCGCUGAAGACAAUGCUAAGUCGUCUAUAGAAGUGUCAUCGGAAGAAAUGGUCGACACAACUGUUCUAGUAACUACUGAGACAAUCCCCGUUACUGUAUUCAUGCAAGAAACACGCUUUCCCGAGACUACGACUGAAGAAGUGGUGCUGUCAACAGAACCGACAGAAAGUGCAACCGAAAGCACCGUAACGAAUGUGGUGAAUAUUACAGAAACUGUUACAGCGGCCGAAACAACUCCGGUUUAUUACAGUUCAGAGAUUGUAGAACACGAAACAUCAAUGGCCAUUUCGUCUACCACCGUUGCUUUAAUAGAAGAUAUUGCAACAGAGAGUGAUACGGUAACAACAGUUAAAGAAACAGAAACCACUACAGUACUUCAAACGACGCUACGUUCAUCAAGUUUUACAGAAAAUGAAAUCGUUACUAUCACGACAGACUCGAAUAAUCCCAUUGAUGUCGAAGCAAUCGAUACAACAACAAAAUCAUAUUCUACAUCAGAGAUUAUAACUGAAAUGGAAACCAGUGAAACGACUACAGACAUUGUGGUAAUCAUUACAUCUACCAGCAUUGCUUUCUCCGAAGAACCAACAGUGACAGUGACAAGUGCAUCAGUAGAAGAUAUUACUUCCUCUACGUUUGAAAUCACGUCAGCAGGGAUCACCAAAAGUGUUACCGAGGAUAAUUUUCAAACAACAACGACGAACGAGUAUGCGCUAUUAAGUACAGCAGGUGAAGCUGUGCCAAGUAUAAGUAUUACCACCGAUAGCAGCGACAGACAUAUGCUUACUACAGGCGAAAUAAAACUCCGAACAGAUUCAGAGUACGCAACAACGGUUGGAAAAGGACAUGAUAUGUCAACGACAACUUUUACAGAAGAAGUUGCUCUUACUACAACCGAAGAAUCGGCAAGCAUAACAACCAUGACAACAGAUGAAGUCGACGAAGAAAUCACUACUGGAUCAUCGUCUAACAGAAGCGUAAAUACCGAAAAUGAAUAUGAAAUUACGCAGCAUCCAGUUACAUCCACAAGUGCAGGAAUGGAAGCAUCCUUUGAAGAAACAUCGGAUAGUGUAACGGUAACAAGUACAAAUAACGACGUUUCACAACAGUCUACGGGAAUAGCAGCGAUAUCUUCUGAAACGGAAGCGAUCGAGACCACGGAGACGUUCACUACCGCUACGUUUGCUGGCGAAGAAGAACCGUCUGCUAUAACGUUGACAACGGAGACAAAUUUACCACCCAUUACUCAUGAUGUUAGUGCAAGCGAUGAAUCUUUCAGUUCAUCUCAGUUUCUAACGGAAGAGUCCACGGACCAAGAUUUGGAUAUAUCAUCUAGUGCAGCGAUCACUAUCCUAGCAUUGGUCACUGCCCCACCAGGACCUUCGACAACGCAUGGCGUACUUGGGUUGACAGAAAGCGAGCAUAAAUCCACUGAAAUCUUCUCAACAGAAUCCAGUUUCACGCAAAUGAUUAUACUAGAAGAGACGGAGGUAGUCAGUAAUGAAGCAGUCGUCACCUUACCUGACAUAUCGGAGGAUUCAGUUGCAAACGCGAUACCCGGUACUACUUCGCCCCAACUUAAUCAAGAAUCAUCACUAAAUGCACUUACAACACCGAGCAUAGACAGUGGUUCUAUUCUUUAA